CUCGGGGAACGACGUUGCGGAGACGUUGACGUUUGUGGAAGAUCGUGUGUGCGCGCGCGCUCUCUCUCAAGUUGAUCAGCACUGUUGUUGAUCAGGAAGUUCGAUCGGUACCGCUGGAUUAGAGGUGUGACAAAAGUGACGGUGAAGAAGACCGCGGCUAACCUACAUCGGAAAGCUUCCCAAAGUGCAGUGCUCCGGAUUAGAGUGGAGAAAGGUGAUCCAGAUAUCGGGCCCGACACCAGUCGAGGGUACGACGGUGCUCUGAUUUUCCGGAUGCCCCGUAAUGUUGACCUUACUGAUUAGCAGGUCUGCAGCAGCAGCAUCAACAGUAACGUUCAGCAGUGUUCAGUUAGCUUAGUUAGUGCUACAGUACAAAUGUGUCAGAAAACAAGAAGAAACGUGCCCCGGUCGACGAUCGGCCAAAACAAAUAAGAGUUGCCCCGGUUCAGACCAUGCUGCUGGCCAGCCAGGCCGGGAUCGGUUCUGUUUACGCAGCGUAAUGAGUUGAUGCCCUCCGGGAAGGAAGAUGGUGAUGUUCUGGAGUGGUGCUGCUACUGGUGUCUAACACUUUUGUGGAGCGCGGAGCGGAGCGCAAAGCGGUCCAGUUUGAGCCGGAUCGGGCUCGAAGACGGUUGGCGACACGGACGGUGCAGUGUUGUUGAUGUCAAGAGUUGUUGCGUGAAGAAGAAACAGAGUUUGUGGUACGCGCAUCGCAAAUACACACACGCAACGGUGAUUUUUAUCGAUCAGUGGUGGAAUUAGCAAGUGUUGCUGAAAAUAUUUGGAACGAAGUGUUCAGCAGCAAUGGCAAGGAUUUGGCGAAUUUAGGAAGAUAGUGAUACUUAUUGCAGAUCGAGGAUCAUGUUUCGUGAAGAAGCAAGUGGUGGUACACAAGCCCGACUCUUGAACAAGAGAUGUCAACAACGGGAGCACGAACACAUCGACCCUUGAAACCCCUAAUGGAAACUGCUGGUGUUGUCUGCCACAGAGUCAGACUAGUUUUUUUUAAAAGUCAGUGUUGGGGCGGCUGAUGGAGCUUAAAUUUAUUGUUAUUAGAGGGUUGCGUCGUCGUCGUCGUGGAUGUUAGCUACCGGGAUUGCCGACAAAUUGAAGGGGGUUUUGGCGCGGUGGAAAGUGCUGGUGUUCAUGAACGGAAGGAAUAAAACACUGGAAGCCGUCGGAGGGUGCGCGAAUAAGAAAGUUAUGAAAAAGUGUUCGAGUGUGAUUUAGGUGCUCUGUUGACUAACAAGUUUACGGGGAAGAAUUGAACUUCUAGGCAGAUUUAAUAGCAGCACGUCAAAAUGUUCACGAGAUUCGACGCGAACAAAUCCACCAAAGGAGCCUCCAAGCUGCGGCGCGAUCUGAUCAACUCGGAAAUCGCGAACCUGCGGGACCUGCUGCCGCUGCCCCAGUCAACCCGCCAGCGGCUGUCCCAGCUGCAGCUGAUGGCGCUCGUUUGUGUGUACGUGCGGAAGGCUAAUUACUUCCAGCAAGUGUUCAAACGGAGCAUUGACAUUGGGAUGCACACGGCUCCCACGCCAAAUAUAGGAUUCUCCAAGGCAAUGUCCGGCUUCCUGAUGAUGUUAACACAAAAUGGGAAGCUGCUUUACAUUUCCGAUAAUGCUGCCGAGUACCUGGGACAUUCGAUGGAGGACCUGCUGAUCCAUGGUGACUCGGUGUACGACAUCAUCGACAAGCAGGACCACGGCGCGAUCCAGGCCGAGCUAGGCCGGGGCGUUCCGCAGCACCAAACGAGUGCGUCGGCGCUGCACCACGGGCACCACCAUCACGGAACGCACGGUACCCAGCUGGACGGUGAGCAGCGGAUGUUCCUGUGCCGGAUGAACGUCAGCCGGAACGCGCGCCGGCAAAUGCGGUUCGGGGAUCAGAAGGUCGUCCUCGUCCAGGGUCACUACCUGUCGUACCUGCCCCUGUGCAGCCGGAACGAGCCGGUGUUCAUCGCGACCUGCACGCCGAUCGCGAUGCCCGAGACGCGGGAGUGCGUCGUCCAGGGGGCCACGAACGUGUUCACCACGAUCCACUCGAUGGACAUGAAGAUUGUGCACGUCGAUAGAAAUGGGGAGUUCCACCUCGGGUACAGCCGGAGCGAGUUGCAGGGCAUCUCCUGGUACCAGCUGCUGCACUGGGAAUCGACGCGGGAAGCGCAGAGCAAACAUCGACUGAUCACCCAAUCCGAGCAGGACCGGUCGUGCAUCCUGCUGGUCCGGAUGCAGCGUCGCCAGAACGACUUCAUCUGGGUGCACGUGGUGCUGCAAGUGCGCGACGGCCAGGACUCGAACCAACAGUCGGUGAUCGUGUGCACGAAUCAGGUCUUGAGCGAUCGCGAAGCCUCGGUGAUGCUGUCCAACUCGUGGCUGUAUCACUACUACACGGUACAGUCCAAGAUGCAGUUUGGGAUUCCGUUCGAGGGCGCCACACGGAUUCCGGCGAGCACUUCGUACUACCACGGCGAAGGGGGCGGCCAUCACUCGCCGAUUUCGGCGGCCGGCGUUGGCGUCGGUGCCGCGGGUCAUCACGGGUACAUUGCUCCGCCGCACCAUGUUUCCUACGGGUAUCACUCGCCGGUGGGGCAAGCAGGUGGUGGCGGUGGAGGUCACCACAACGGGACUUCCGGACACUUUCACCAUGGGUUGACGGCUGGAGUUGGGGGGGAGCAUUACAGGCCGUACGCGUACAAGCUCGAUCCGGGUCAACCGGUGGACUACAGUGGGCAAAUUCGGUGCGAGAGUACCGGCAGUAGCCAAAGCGUACAACCGGAUCGGAACGGGACGCCACCGGUGAAGAAGCGUGCAAUAAAUCGUCUGGAACCGCUGUACAUUCCCGAGAAUGGGCAGGACUCGCCGGAGAGUUCAAUAACCGAGUUGCACCCGCCGGGGCACGCAUCCGUCAACCAUCCGGAACACCCGGACGGUGGCGUUGGCGCCCACAGCGGCAUCCCCAUCCAACCCAUCUCCGGCGGUUCCGUCCAGACCAUGACGCUGUCUACCUCGCUGCACACGCGCAGCAAUCGCCAACUCCUCAAAGGCCCUCCUUCCGCCACCAUCACCGCCGCGGAACCCACGGACUUCAUAGACCAGUGGAACCCCAGCCCGCCCUGGUCGGACACCACCGUCCAAAAGGUCCCCGACAUCACCCACCAGGAGCUGAGUCCGUACAUGACCACGACCCCACCUACCCCAACAAGCGCCCCUCCCCACUACCUAACCAGUGGCGUUCCCACCACCUUCUCCUUCGACUGGAUGCCCGAACAGUUCGUGCCCAUCAUGAGCGACUGCAGCAUCGCCGGCUCGUCCGCGUUCUCCGGCCCGCUUCCCUGCACCCAGGACGGCCUGCCCGUCCCGGCAAUGUCCCUGCCCAUGCCAGUCCCCAUGCAGAUUCCACCUCCACCGUGGCCCUCGGACCAUCGCCUUCUCGCGCUGGACAGCAGCGGCGCCUCCUCGUCCUCGUCCGGUGACCGAAAACCUCCGGAAGAGCAGCAUUUACACCCGCAGCAGCAGGGAAGUUCCGGCGAACUUCGCGAGUACAAACGAUCUCAUUGAUUCCGAAAAAAAACACAGAAAAAGCCAUUCCAUGAAAUCCAGUAUCAGUAUUGCGGUUCAGUAGAAUAUCCUUAGAAUACAGCUUAGCGAUUAAGGGACCUACACAUUCCUUGCAGAAGAAGAGGCACGCGUGUAAAUAAGAGUUUUCGUUUUAUGUAAUUAAUUAACAUUUCAAUGUGCAAUCGAACAGACUGCAAUAACUUGUUUUUGUUUGGCAUUUCUUGAUUGAAAAUUUCAAAAAGAGCGGAAAAGUGUCACGUGAAACGUGCAUUUUGUUUUUUCCCCUCAAACUAUGAUUCCUUUGUAAUAUUUAUUUACCAACAGUAUUUUAUUUAUUUAUUUUUGUCAUUG